UCUGAGGGGAGGGGGCGUGCAGCAGCUGAGGGGGAGGAGCUUGCGGUUACAGAGAGCACAAGUGAUUUUGCAACCUGUUGCUAAGCUCAGAUUGCAUGAGGACCGGAGAGCAGCUCUGUCCUGGUGCUGCUGUGGGCCUGCAGGGACAGAAACCCACUCUGUUAUUCAGCCAUUGUACUAAAAUUAACCAGUCAUCUGCAGUACUGUCAUGGCUGAGAGGGCCAGUCAGGCCGAUCAUGAAGAAGAGGAAGAGCAGGGACAAGAUACAAAAACUCUUGGGGAUCAACAUAGAGACCCUGUCACUGUUGUGGAAUCUCCAGAUUCUACUGAGGGUCAGCAGCCUCCAACCCAACUUGAGGAAGAGUGUCCGGGCUGCCAGUCACUUGGCAUACUGACGCUGCCUUGUGGCCACAAACUGUGUCCUGCAUGUAUUGAGCUGAGCCAGGGGGAGCUGGGCCAGGCCGGCUGCACCAUCUGCUACGGAUCACAGCUGAUGGACUCGGUCCUCCACACUCUGCUGGAAGCCCUUUUCCGUGGCCAGCCUCGGAGACGCGGGGUCCCACCUGGAGCCGCAGAGGAGAGUGUCAGGGCGGCAGAGGACGGAGGAUACGGGGGUGUGGAGAAAGAGGAGCUGUGUGAGGAGCAUGGAGAAAUGCUCAGUGUGUUCUGUCUGGAAGAGGAGGAGCCAGUGUGCCAGCAGUGUCAGACAGAGGAGCACAAAGAGCACCAGUGCUGCUCUAUACAGGAGGCUGUCCUCGACUGUAAGAGAGAGCUGCGAUCUGCUGUCAGAAGUCUCCAAGAGCAGUUAGAGAGUUUAACCUCCAUCAGACAAACCUGGGAGGACACUGCUGUUCACAUCAAGAGCCAGUCAGUACAAACAGCCCAGGUCUUAAGGGAGGAGUUUGAGAAGAUGCACCAGUACCUCCGUGAUGAGGAGGCUGCUCUGAUGUCACAGCUAAAACAGGAAGACGAGGAGAAGAGUCAGAGGAUGGAAGAAAAGAUUGAUAGGAUCAACAAUGACAUACGAGCACUGACCAACAGUAUCAGAGAGACAGAAGAGGCCAUGGGUUUGGAUGACUUCCUCUUUCUGAAGAACUACAAGAAGGCCUCUGAAAGGGCUCAGUGCAGAGUAGAGGAGCCUGAACUGGGAUCAAGAGCUCUGCUUGAUGUGGCCAAACUCCAGAGCUGUGUGCAGUACCAAGUCUGGGACAAGAUGCUGAAGAUCAUCCAGUACUUUCCGGUGACCAUGGACCCAAACACAGGCUCGGUGUGUCUGGGUGUGUCUCCUGACCUGUCCAGUGUGUUUGUGUGUGAGGAGCAGCCUCUUCCAGAUAAUCCCGAGAGGUUUGUGAGCCCGCAGAGCAUCCUGGGCUCCGAGUGCUUCAGCUCAGGGAGGCACAGCUGGGAGGUGGAGGUGGGAGAUAACAGUCACUGGUCUCUCGGUGUGGCCAGUGAGACAAUCCACAGAAAGGACUGGUCCAACUCUGAUCUAAACCCCAGUCCUGCCUCAGAUAUAGACCCUGGUGGUGGCCUGUGGACUGUGUCACUCUCCUCUGGAGAGUUCUGGGCCUCCCCCGGCCAUAGCAGCCCCCUCAGACUGAGACGAAGGCCACCCAGAAUCAGAAUUCAGCUGGACUGGGAGAGAGGGUGUCUGACUUUCUCUGAUGCCAACGACAACACCCUGAUCCAUCGUUUUAAAGAGCAGUGGAGCGGCAGUCUGAGACCCUACUUCUCCACCACAUGUUCCAAACACCCUCUGAAAGUCACAGCAGGGAGGGUGACUGUCACCAUCGAAUGAUACUUAAGGAACAUGACUUUUUGAGAAACAGACAUGUUUGUCAAUCCAACAGUUAGUUUUAAAAAAGUACAAUUAAUCUCUGUGUGUCUUAUUUAACCCUUAUUUAAACUUUAUUUAAUCUUGCUUUGCACAAAGACUUGAGCACCAGGAAACUACUAGCCGUAACUCAGUAAGUAAAAAAAAUGAUGCGUUACUUCCAUGUUAUGCCUUUCUUAUUUAAGAAGUAUUUUACUGAGGAUAAUCAACCUGCUUAGUGCCAUUCUGGAGUUGUAUGUAAGUAUUUAAAGGACAAAUUAAAAAGUCUGCACAUAUUCUACACACACAUUUUUUCUUUUUGUCAACAGAAGCUACGAAAAGACCAGAAGCAGUGAAUGUAUCCAAAUAACAAGUAAUGUGUGUAUGUAUCAAGUCUGAAAUCUUAUUAUCUGUGCCAUAGAGCUCCAUUGUUGUCCAAAAAGACAUCAGUGUUUUCUCGCAAAUUUAUGAAAUUUAGAAAAUAUUCAAGUUUCUUCUUGUAAAAGUCAUUAUUAUUUUCUCAGAAAUGUACCAUUUUAACCAAAGAGAAUAUCAGAUUUUUCGUCUUGUAAAUGUACAACUUUAAUAUUGGGAAUUAAAACGAGUUUCUGCUAAA